UUGAGAAGUAACCACAUCUCCCAAAAGUGGUGGUGAGAUGUUGCGUAACCACUUCUUCAAGAUCACAAUCACCUCCCCCGUCCACUCCAUGCGGACCGCUCGUCAUUCGCUUUCCACCGUGACACCACCAAUCAAACCCUGGCCUCAACGCCUCUACCCCAAACGCCUAGUCUCCAUGAUCUCCCGACAACAAAAUCUCGAUCUUGCCCUACAAAUAUUCGUCUACGCCGGCAAAUUCCAUCCCAACUUUUCCCAUACUUACGAUACAUACCACUCAAUCAUAUACAAACUCUCUCGUGCUCGUGCCUUUGACGCCGUCGAAUCUCUCCUCUCAGAAUUACAACAAAAACCAGAAAUUAAAUGCGGUGAAAAUUUAUUCAUCGAUGUAAUUCGUAGUUACGGACUAGCUUCCCGUCCUGAAUUAGCUGUAAAAGCAUUCUUACGCAUAAAAAAGUUUAACGUCCAACGUUCGGUGAGGUCGUUAAAUACAUUGUUAAACGCUUUAGUGCAAAAUAAGCGGUACGAUUUGGUUCAUUUAAUGUUCAAGAAUUGUAAGAACAAGUUUAACGUUGUUCCCAACGUGUUUACUUGUAACAUUCUGAUUAAAGCGCUUUGUAAGAAAAAUGACGUUGAGGGCGCGAUUAAGGUUUUAGAUGAAAUGCCAUCAAUGGGGAUGGUACCUAAUGUGGUGACAUAUACCACGAUUUUAGGAGGGUUUGUUUGGAGAGGAGAUAUUGAUGGUGCUAAGGGAGUUUUUGCCGAGAUUUUGGAUCGUGGGUGGGCACCUGAUGCGACGACUUAUACAGUUUUAAUGGAUGGAUAUAUUAAGCAAGAGCGAUUAAUUGAUGCUGUUAAGGUAAUGGAUGAUAUGGAAGAUAACGGUGUUGAGCCUAAUGAUGUUACUUAUGGGGUUAUGAUUGAAGGUCUCUGUAAGGGAAAAAAAUCCGGUGAAGCACGUAACUUGCUUGAUGAUAUGCUUGAGAGAAAGUAUGUGCCGAGUUCAUCCCUCUGUUGUAAGGUAAUUGAUUUGCUGUGUGAGGAGAGGAAGGUUGAAGAUGCUUGUGAGUUGUGGAAAAGGCUUUUAAAGAAGAACUGUAUGCCGGAUAAUGCCAUUUCAAGUACACUUAUUCAUUGGCUUUGUAAAGAAGGGAAAAUUUGGGAGGCCAAGAAGUUAUUCGAUGAGUUUGAAAGAGGUUCGAUUCCGAGUUUGUUAACGUAUAAUACGUUGAUUGCAGGAUUGUGUGAGAAUGGGGAAUUGACCGAGGCAGGCAGGCUGUGGGAUGACAUGGAGGAGAAAGGGCACGAGCCGAACGCUUUUACUUACAACAUUUUGAUAAAAGGGUUUUGUAAGAUCGGUAAUGCAAAGGAGGGGAUUAGGGUUUUAGAGGAAAUGUUGGAUAAAAAAUGCUUACCCAAUAAAUCGACUUUUUCUUUAUUGAUCGAGGGUCUUUUUGAGUCAGGAAAGGAAGGAGAGGUUAGUAAGGUUGUGUCUAUGGCAAUGGCUAGUGGAGACGUUGACAGUGAUUCUUGGGAUUUUUUCUUGACUAGGAUCAUUGGUACUCUGGAUAAUGGGGUUGAUACUCUGGAUAGAUUAUUGGUAGAGAAUGCUACUUAGACAUAAGCUUUGGGCUCAUGGUAAAUUGCACAUCUGGAGAAAGUUGGAAAAUGCCUACACCCGGCCCUCAAUUUCGGCAUUUGGAACGACAUUCAAAGAAAGACUUCUAAGACGAUUUGGAUUGAUGACUGAGCAUUUAGAUCCAAAUUAUGUGAAGUAAUUGAGUGCAGACUUGAAUUGUGUGGACAUUCGAAUUGCCCUUUUUGAGGUGUCAAGAUUUCGUCAUGAGGGACUUAAUCAACGAACCAAGAGGAGAAGUGGUGAGUAGUGGUAGCUCACCGUAGUUUGACGGAGACGUAUUUAGAAGGGAGAUUCUGUUGGAGAUAUAUUAUUGCAGACACACAGCAGACGUUUUGCUGACAAUGGAAAGUUGAUUGGCAUUGACUGCAGCAGUGGUUUAUUAGAUUUUCUGAAGCUUUUGCCAACUUACAUAAAACGCGUCAUUGUUUCUCCAAAAUUAAGUUGCUUUAUUUUUAUUUAGUGGGAACGGCUAUGAUUGUUCACAAUGCAACUGUUUGAAUUGCUGAAAAUUAUGAUUAAAACGAAAUGGAGCAAAGGACAAUUUUGCUGUGGAUUCAGGUAACCUCCAAGUAAACACUCGACUUCAUGCAUUUGUCCAUAUCAGAUUGUUGGUUCUUUUUGCAGUUAUGAACAUUCCUAGGAAAUGUUUGACCGACUUUACCUCAGAAACAA